AUGUCUUACAAUAGUUCAAAACGUUGCAAAAACUGUGGUUCAAUAAAUCAUUGGACUUAUCAAUGUACUGUUGAAAUGGAAGAGAAAUCAAGACCAACUGCUUCCGAAAGGUUACGUGGAAUUGUUCCAAAAAAAAUAAUUAUUGAACCAAUUACAAAUAAAGAACUUUACCCAAAAUUAUGGGAAAAAGCACUAAACCAAGCAAGGGAAGAAAUUAUGAUAAUAGUAGAAGAACAAAAGGAAAAAAGAAGAUUAUUUGAAGAAGAGAUUGAAAGGAAAAGACAAAAAGAUAAAUUAAAACAAAUUGAAAAGAAAACAAUUAAAGACGAAAACCAGGACGGUAGAUUAGAAGAAUGUCAAUUGACUGAAUGUAAUAAUAAUAAUAUAAAUGACACAGAAAAACUUUAUAGAAGAAAAAUUCAAGAAUAUUCUAAAAGUGAAUCAUAUUCUCCUAGUAGAUCAAGAAGUUAUUCUAGGUCUUAUAGUCAUUCUAGAAGUAGAUCAACUAGUCGUUCUAGAAAAAGAUCUUAUUAUUCUUCUGAGAGAAGAAGAUCUUAUUCAAGAAGAAGGUCUUACUCAAGAUCACAUUCAAGGAGACGGUCUUAUUCAAGAAGAAGUAAUAGACAUUAUAAGUAUAAUAGAAGGUCUUGUUCAUCAAGAAGGUCAUAUAGUUCAUCAUCAAGGUCAAGGUCUAGAAGACGUUAUUAA